UGACUUAACCGACCAACUAACCAACAUGGACCCGCGACCAAACCCAAACCCGAUUCCAACUCAUCCGUCACCGUCAGAGCCACCACCACCACCACCAUCACCGUCGCCAUCGCCGCAAGUUCUCCACCAGUCCGACUCCGACGAAGACGACGAAAACGUCAAGCAGCUUCAGGAAUGCUCUUCUCUCUACCUAUCCUUACAGGAUUGUCUUAUCAAAAGUAACCGAAAUUGGAAAGCUUGCCAAACAGAAGUUCAAGCAUUGAAAGAGUGCAACGAAAGAAGAAAGAGUAGCAAAAAGAAAUGAGGAUGACGCUGACGAUGAGGAGCUGGUUCAUUUAAAUUUUUCUUUUUUAUGAAAUGAGUGACCAAAGGAUUUAAUUGAAAGGGCACACUUCAUUCUUCAGUGCAGUUUUUGGAUCAUUUUUUGUUGAGUUUUUGUGAUGGAUGAGUAAUUCUUUGUUUGGAAUAUGACAUUUAUACAAGGAGAAGAAAUGAAAAACUAUUGAAACUAAUUGUAUUCAAUUAUGGACAAAACCAAUGAAGAAAGACAAAUUUGUGGAAUUACAUUUUCCUUAAUUUGUUUUUUUUUUUU